GAGUUGCAGGGGGUGUGGCACAGCUGGGUGUGUGCUCAAUGCCUGCUCUCAAAUCUGCCUCAGUUCUAACCUUCCUGACAUCCCUAAAGGCUGCUCUGAUCUCUUCUCUGGCUCAUUUCAUCACCCCCUACCAUGGCAGAUGAUGGAUUCUCGUUGACGGAUGCCUUAGCCGGCCAGAAUGCUCCUAAUGCACAACAGUCUCAAGGCCAAGGCUGGCCAGGCUGGGGAGGCCAGAAUCCCGCAGCUGGACAGCAGUUUCCAGGAUAUCCUGGGCAACAAUAUCCAGGUGCUCCAGGUCAGCAAUAUCCAGGUGCUCCAGGUCAGCAAUAUCCAGGUGCACCAGGUCAGCAAUAUCCAGGUGCACCAGGUCAGCCAUAUCCAGGUGCACCAGGACAACCAGCUGGGCCUGGAGCUCCUCCUGCUUCAGGACAGCAGUUCCCUGCACCAGGUCAGCCAUAUCCAGGUGCACCAGGACAACCAGCUGGGCCUGGAGCUCCUCCUGCUGCAGGGCAGCAGUUCCCUGGACCAGGUCAGCAAUAUCCGGGGUACCCAGGACCAGGUCAGCAAUACCCAGGGUUCUCAGGACCAGGUCAGCAAUACCCAGGUGCACCAGGUCAACCAGCAGCGUUUGGAGAUGGUAAAGCUUCAGCUCCCGUUUAUCCUGGACCCACUGGGCCAUUGAAAGUGCCAUAUGAUCUUCCUCUUCCAUCCGGCCUUGUGCAACGACAACUGUUUAACAUUCAAGGGGCUAUCAACAAUAACGCAAAAAGUUUCACCAUUAAUUUCUGUAAAGGACGUGAUAUAGCCUUCCACCUUAAUCCGCGGUUUUCAGAAAACCCAAAAGCUAUUGUGCGCAAUUCCUUGUUGCAUGAUAAGUGGGGACAGGAAGAAAGACAAUCUCCCAAGUUUCCAUUUGUACCUGGUCAGCCUUUCAAGAUCCAGAUUCUGUGUGAAUCCGACAAGUUCAACGUGGCUAUAAAUAACGAGAACCUCUUCCAGUUCAGACACAGAGUAAAGGAAUUGAAUGAAAUUAAAUCUGUCGGCAUUUUCGGAGACAUUACUCUUUCUGAUGUUUCAUUAACAAUGGCAUAAGUUUAUUUGUGCAUAAAAAAAAAAAAAACCCACAUCUACUGUUGCAAAAUGCACAAAAGUAUAUAAUCUGACUGAUUUAAUAGUAAAAAAAAAAAGUCUUAUAUUUUACAUAAUCUAUUUUUUACACCAAUUUAUAUGUAAAAUUGCUAUUUAAAACACUUGGAUUGUGAAACGCGUUGUAUUCGGUAGGAAUUGUUGCACCAGGAUCUUCUGCAAACUAAUAAAAGCAAAAAUACAUAUUAUACAAAUAAA